ACAAUGUUCAGUCGGAACAAAUAUGCUUACUUUUAAAUGAAAGCAAACGGUGUAGCAAGUUUCUUUUAGUUGUGACUCCGUAUUCAAUAAAGAAAGUUGGACACAUACAGAGUGUAGAUAAAUUGUAUUAGUUUUUUAAAUUUUUUGUUUACGUGGUUAGUUAGUUUUAGUUAUAGGUUAUGAUGACUUCUUUAAUGCACUUAGUCGUAGAAAACUACAAUGAAUUACUGGAAUCCAAAAAAGAUCCCCUAGUAGACUCAUGGCUCUUCAUGCAGUCCCCAAUUCCAGUAAUAUCAAUUCUAGUCAUUUAUUUAUAUUUCGUAUUAAAAUUAGGCCCAAAUUUAAUGAAGAACAGGGAAGCAUACAAUUUAAAAUAUGUUAUGAUAGUGUAUAAUGCGUAUCAAGUAAUCUUCAGCACGUGGCUGUGCGCACAGGCUUUCAGAGUCAAAAAUGCAGUUCCGCACCUUCUUAAUCACACAUGUAAAAAUCCGUCCCCCAACAAGGAUUUCCAGGAUGCGUUAGCAAAUGGUGCUUGGUGGUACUUCUUCUCGAAAAUAGUGGAACUUCUGGAUACAGUGUUUUUCGUUUUAAGAAAAAAACAAUCGCAAGUAACGUUUCUUCACGUUUAUCACCAUGCCUGUACGAUGUUCUUUUCGUGGGGAUACCUUAAAUUCUUACCAGGUGAGCAAGGUGUUGUCAUAGGAUUCCUGAACUCCAUGGUACAUAUUGUUAUGUACUUCUAUUACUUCUUAGCAGCCUUAGGACCAAAAUACCAAAAAUACCUUUGGUGGAAAAAAUACAUGACUUGGAUUCAAUUGACUCAAUUCUGCAUUAUGUUGGCCUACCUGGUGUUCGUCAUUGCCAUGGACUGUAAUCUUCCAAAAGCCCUCACGUUCUUCUUUGUCGGAAACGUUGUGAUCUUCCUUUAUUUGUUCAGUGAUUUCUACAGGAAAGCUUACAAGAAACAGAAGCACACCACGCAAGCAGACCCUAUACCGUCCACAUCGAGUGGUAUCACUAAGGCUUCCAAAUCAUUGAAAGUCAACUAGGGAAUUUAUUGUUUCUGUUUGUUAGGUUGAAGGAAUGAAUGGUUAUUUAUUUUUGUUUUUCUUGUAAAUUUGUGUUUCGUGUUUAUUCGAAGGUACUAAUCUGAUUUUAUUUAGGAUAGUAGUGUAUUUUUAAAAUAGUUUUUCUGAAUUACCUAUACUAUAACGUUACCAUUGAUAAAAUUUAAUAGAAAAUGUAGAGGCAGUGUCAUAUUUUAUCGGGUUCAGUUAUUGUUGACUUUUUGGUUUUUAUUUAUGAUUUUAUUACUCGUUAUAUUAAUGAUGUAUAGGAACAGAAAUUUCAUGAUAAAAUAGUUGCUAUCACAAAUUUCUGUUUUGCAUGACGAUAAAUUUGCUG